AUGAGCGACGCCAUCUUGAACGUAUUUCCAUUGGAGACGAAUAUAUGGAAAAGAGGACGUUCACUAUCAGAGAUUACACGUCGAAUAACUUGUAACAGCUGCGUUCUGAAAUCAGCUGAGAAAAUAGUCGACUACGGUCAAUCUACUUUCGAUUCAACAGUAGAAAUGAAGAUGGCCGCCGAGGUGAGGUGGCUUUUAAUUUUUCAUGUGUUUUGUGUAAUUUAUGCGGUUCUCGGUGAGACACCCCAUCGAAAAUUCGAAUAUAAAUACUCGUUUAAGCCACCGUAUCUCGCACAAAAAGAUGGGAGCGUGCCUUUUUGGGAAUACGGAGGAAAUGCAAUUGCAAGUGCAGAAAACGUUAGAGUUGCUCCAUCGUUGAGAAGCCAGAAAGGUGCAAUAUGGGUGAAACAGCCUGUUACCUUCAAUUGGUGGGAAGUCGAAUUAAUAUUCAGAAUAACAGGAAGAGGAAGAAUUGGAGCAGAUGGUUUAGCCUUUUGGUACACUGCUGAAAAGGGUGCCUAUAAUGGCACUGUCUUUGGAAGUUCUGAUCAAUGGAAAGGUCUUGGAAUUUUCUUUGACUCCUUUGACAAUGACAAUAAACACAACAACCCUUACAUCAUGGCAGUCCUCAAUGAUGGCACAGAAAGCUUUGAUCAUACUAAUGAUGGUACAACACAGCUAUCUGCCGGUUGCUUAAGAGAUUUUCGUAAUAAGCCAUUUGCUACAAGAGCAAAAAUUGAAUAUUAUGAGAACAUUCUAACAGUGCUAUUCCAUAAUGGUAUGACAAACAAUGAGCAAGAUUAUGAAAUAUGUUUCCGAGUUGAAAAUGUUGUUCUACCAAAAGGAGGCUACUUUGGUGUCUCUGCUGCUACUGGUGGUUUGGCCGAUGACCAUGAUGUUUCACAUUUUUUAACACAUUCUCUAUUUCUUACUGGUCAGAUGAGGACUGAAGAACAUAAAGUAUCUCUCGAGCUUGAACAACAAAAGCUUAGUCAGGAGUAUAUGGAUUACCAGAAAAAAUUGGAACAACAGAAAGAAGAGUAUAGGAGAGAUCAUCCAAACGAACAUCGCGAGAAAGAGGAAUUUGUAGAAUAUUUUGAAACUGACAAUCAAAGAGAAUUGCGACAAAUUUUCUCUGGUCAAAGUCAAAUGUUCGAUGCGUUGCGAGAACUUAAUAGGAAACUCGACGAAAUAGUUGGAAGACAAGAGCGAUCUUUAAGUUUAAUAUCCCAACUUCAAGUUGGUGUAGGUGUGCAAGUGGGAGGCCAACCAGGACAAAUACAGCUUAUUGAUACAAUUCGCCGACAAGAAGUCGAUACUGUAUUAAAUAAUCAAAAAAAUAUAAUAAGUACAGCAAAACAAAUAGAAUCCUAUAUAAAUGAGGUGCAUUCCAAGACUGAUCUUAUUCUUAACAAUCAGGCUCGAAGUCCUACCGCUCAGGUGCAGCCGAUGGGAUACGAUUAUCAUUCACUUAUUUCGGAAAUGCGAGAUGGACUUAAUACAUUAAAAAGAGAUAUUACUCAAAUAAACACUAAAGUAAGCAAUGGUGGAACAGAUUGUCCAACAACGAACUGUUUAACAACAACGAUGUUCUUACUUUUUGUGGCAGUUCAGAUGAUCAUUUUACUAGCGUACAGCAUGUACCGAGACAACAAAGAAGCACAGGCGAAGAAGUUGUACUAAUGCUUGUUUUCAAUCCUACAGUGCAGAUGUAAGGGUAUAAAGAUAAAUUUCUACCUUUGCGUACUGAUUUAAUAUUUUUAUCACUUGUUAAUCUUAUUCGUAAAACAUGCAUUUUUGCUGAACAUUUGUACAAUAAACACAUUCUUCAUCCACGAUAGACCUAACGUGAUAUGAUAAGGAGCAGUCAAUGCUCCUAAAGUAUGAUAAAAAAGAAAUCAUUAAUUAUGCUCAGCUUGGUAUAAUUCAGACAUUUUGAAUAUAAUUCUCAACGCGUCAUAUGUUUCUUGUCAUCGUAAACCAUAGACAGAUAUAUAUAUAUAUAUACAAAGUGGCAGAAAGUAGACGCGAAAUUGAGGUGAAUAAUCUAACAUCUCAUUGAUAUUCAGUGAUCUUCGAACGUGACAAAUUUUGUUGUGUUUAAAUGGUUGUGUACGAUAUAUAUUCUUUUAUCAUCGUUCAUUAGAAAUAUUUCGUGUUAUGUGCACAUUUUUUCUUUUUUGACUAGUUUUCUUUAAAAAAUAAUUGUUUCUUCUUACGUAUUGAUUUAUCGUAAUAUUAAAGAAACGUAUAAAUGUUUAUAUGUAAAUUUCGUAUCAAAAAUUGGCAUAUCGAAUAACGGAAGCUGAGACAAUUUUUUUCCCGAGAAAUUCAAUAAUUCUUAUUAUAUUACUUAUGAUAUUUGUCGAUCUGGUACUACAUUCCCUUAGGCGAUCGAGCGUGUAGGUAAGUUCCACGUUUCUAACGUGUCAGAUACUUAAAAUUAAAAAUAAGAAACUCGUAAUAUGGCUCUAUCGAAUUCAAAAUAAAAAAGCAGAAUGGGAAAGCGACGUCGAACAAUCACUACGUCCCCGAAGCUCUACUAUAAGAAAAGUUUUUAUUAAUCGAAUACGUACUUUGUAAGUAUAUAUGGUGUAUCGAGUAGAAGCGUAGAGAAAAACAAACUCGAAUUAUCCGCAAACUCGAUAUUCUUGUCAACUUUAUUGCAUUUGUAAAAGUUUAUCGAAGAUUGUAAAUGUAUAAUGAAAUAUAUCUGAUAAUAAAAUUACUAACCGAAAAAAUA